UCGUAUCCCACAGUCAAGGUUGGGUUGAUUUUCUUGCCAUUAAAUUGUGUACAUAUAUGUAGUUUUUGUCAAGGCAGGAAGUGUCUGGAGGGGUCCGGAGUUGUCAGAACUUUCUAGAAGGGAAAGCACAGGUGCUAUAUGUGGCCCCAGCAGCAGACCCCCACACAGGCCGCUCAGAUAACACACCAGAGCAGAAGAAGAGACUGUGAACAGCGCGUGAGACUCAUUAACAAAUGACGGAAACUAAGAGAGCUGGUCUGGAGACCAAGAGUAAAGCCAUGGCCUUCCGGUCUCAAAAAGAGAUGUUUGAGAAGAUGGAGGAAUCUUUUCAAAUCUGUGCCUGUUGCGAAAAGAAGCCAAACCAACUUUCCAACCCACAGAGUCUGAAGCGUUGUGGCAGAUGUCUAAAUGUUUACUACUGCUGUAAAGACUGUCAGAAGGAGGACUGGCCCAAACACAAGAAGUUCUGCCCACAGCUGCGUCUGGCUGCCAUUGACAGAGUUGUUGAAUGGCUUUUAUAUAAAGGAGAUCUUCCAUUCCCAACAGAGAAAUGGUCAAAGCCCCAGUCUGAGGUCAAAGGCUGGGACGACUGGCUUGCGAUGCAGGGAGGUCUCACUGCUCACCUUGAUCCCAUUUUAAAAGGAGCAAACAUGAAAGACUUGUGGACCAAUGCUGGCAGGUCUCCGCCUGACGAUGAGGACCUGAAGCAGUCCCUGUGGAGGGUUUGCAGCGAGUUCUUCUCCAGGCCGCUGACCAUAGCCUGGGGGAUGAGGCUGUUUGGCCUGAACCCUUAUUCCAAACCUCUCACUUUUCACCUGGUGGGAGUAGGCCAGAGUGAGACUAUGGCAGCCAGACUGACAGACUAUGAUGAGCUGAACAAAAUGUUCCCUGGACACCAGGGUAUCAGUAUAGUCAUGGUGGGACCAGAGGUGGUGGACGGCCCCAUCAUGAGGCCUCCUCUCCAUGGGCCUGGCCCCAAGCAGCGGGUCUACAUCAGCGCCUACAAGGGCCUCUACCACCAGUUCUGGGAGGAGCUUGUGGAAAAAGAGGAAGCAGCCAAGCCAGACCUGGUGGUGGGGUUUAAUCCUGGAUUUGAUGCAAGUCAGGGCCUGGACCAGGGUUGGCUUCCCACACUUCUGCUCCUCAGGGAUUAUGAGAUUCCUUCCCUUUUCACUGCUCUCAAUGAGACAGAGAUGACCUACUCGCUGCAGAUCCUGUUGGAGUUGGAGAUGGACAUGAAGGGAAGCGGAGCGUGCCCCUUUGCAUCGCUGAAACCAGAAGUGAUGGGCUCGUGUCCCAAUAAGCCUGCUGUCUACUGCAACUCCCACUACUUCUGUUUUCAAGGUCUGCUGGAGAAUGUGGAGUUUGAGGAACCAGAGGAGGCCUGAAGGUUCACACACACCAUUGUUGUAUUGGACGAUGAGGCAUUGUUUGUAUAUGCCUGUUUUUUUUUCUUUCUUAAAAUUAAAUGAUGUAAUGUUAUAAAAGUACAAUGCAUACUGUAUGUUUUAUUGUUAAAAGGUUAGUAUAAUUAUUCUUUUGUUUCAACUGUGAAUGUUGGCUAUGACAUUUGCAUUCUCUAUCUUAGUGUAAUGGCAUAUAACUGCCAUAGUUGUGUGAUUUGAAUAUACUGUUUCAGAACUAUUGUGUUAGCAGAGAGCAAUUUAAACUUUGUAGUAACAGUCAAA